AUGUUUUCUGCCGCUCAAACAACAGCGUCCAUGCUAUCUGCCUCAGGUGUACUGUCAUAUUCUGAUGCACCAUCACGUCAAGGUGGAAGCUUGGCCCCUGGUGCACCUAUAGGUGUACCUCCGGGGCAAACAGAUACAUCUCAAGGCGCUGGAGGACAACAACAGGCUGCGUUACCAGGUGGAAGUGGACUACCAGCGCUUUCCGGUGGCGUACAGUUCCAAUGCCCACGUCGACCAAACCACGGACUUGAAGGACGUUCCAUUUUACUGCGAGCAAAUCAUUUUGCAGUACGUAUGCCAGGUGGUACCAUUCAGCACUAUCAUGUAGACGUGUCACCAGACAAAUGUCCACGGAGAGUGAAUCGAGAAAUCAUUUGCUGUAUGAUCCGCUCCUUUGGCAAGUACUUCAGUUCGAGUAGACCGGUCUAUGAUGGGAAGAGAAAUAUGUAUACACGGGAACCAUUGCCGAUUGGCAGAGAAAAGAUGGAAUUCGAG